AUGGCAGACGAUGGAACUGUGACGCGCCAUUACAGAUGCCAAGAAGAACCCAUUUUCGAUCAAGGCUGGUUUAGCGCAAAUGCUUCGUGGGGGGCGAUUCUUGAGGUCACCAACGUACAACAAGCAAAGAUUGCAGAAGAAGCUGGUGCUUGUUCUAUCAUGGUUUCAGAGCCAGGACUGCGUCAAGGAAUUCGGCGAAUGCCUGACCCAUCUCUUAUCAAGGGGAUAAAGCGGGCUGUUUCGAUUCCUGUAAUUGUUCGUUCCCGUGUUGGCCAUUUUGUUGAGGCCCAAAUACUGGAAGCUAUCGGGGUUGAUUAUAUUGAUGAGAGUGAGGUUCUUGCUUUAGCAGACGAGGAAAAUUUUAUUAACAAGCAUAACUUUAGGUGCCCAUUUAUUUGUGGGUGUCGAAAUCUGGGUGAAGCGUUAAGGAGAGUGAGAGAAGGCGCGGCGAUGAUAAGGACACAGGGGGAGAUAUUAGGUCAAGGCAAUGUUGCCGAGACAGUGAAGAAUGUGAGAAAUGUAAUGAAGGAGGUGAGGAUUUUGAACAAUAUGGAUGAGGAUGAGGUUUUUGCCUAUGCCAAAAAGAUUGCUGCGCCUUGUGAUCUCGUAGCGCAGAUAAAGCAGAUGGGAAGGUUGCCUGUUGUGCAGUUUGCUGCAGGAGGUAUUGUGACUCCUGCUGAUGCAGCACUAAUGAUGCAAUUGGGAUGUGAUGGGAUUUUUGUGGGAAGUGAGGUUUUUGACUGUGCUGAUCCGCACAAGAGAGUGAGGGGCAUUGUGCAGGCUGUCAGGCAUUAUAAUGAUCCUCAUGUGUUGGUUGAGAGCAGCAGUGGAUUGGAGGAUUCGAUGGCAGAACUUAAUCUUAGCGAGGACAGGAUUGAACAUUUUGGUCGUGAUGGAGAGUAG